AGCGCUUCGAAGACAACUAGGAGGAGGCAAUCAAGGGCCGUAAGCCUGAUGAAUGAAGUCGUCACAAACCCCAUCGCUCGUUGGGGCACCUUCGUUCAUCUUCUUCAGAAACCACUAUUCCACCGACGCCAACGUCGCCAGCUUGUUCAGCAAGUACGUGGACAGGACCAAUGUCUGGUCUUGGAAUUCGGUCAUCGCUGAGCUGGCUCGCGGGGGCGACUCGGUCGAGGCUCUUCGAGCCUUCGCGUCAAUGCGGAAGGCCUCGCUCAGACCCAACCGCUCCACGUUCCCUUGCGCCAUCAAGUCGUGCUCCGCCUUGCUCGACCUCUUCUCCGGAAAACAGGCCCAUCAGCAGGCUUUGAAAUUUGGGUACGAGCCUGACCUUUUCGUUUCGUCGGCUCUGAUUGAUAUGUACUCGAAAUGUGGCGACUUGGGGGGUGCAAGAAAGGUGUUUGAUGUAAUUCCUCAGAAAAAUGUUGUCUCUUGGACGUCGAUGAUUGCUGGGUAUGUUCAAAAUGACGAGGGGCGCGAAGCGUUGUCUCUUUUCAAAAAGUUUUUGGUCGAGGAGAGAGAGUGUGGGAGAGAUGCGGAGGUUUUUGUCGAUUCCGUGGCCAUGACUUCUGUGCUGUCAGCUUGUUCUCAUGCUUCCAAUGAGGUAACUACCAAAGGGGUUCAUGGAUUUGUUGUCAAAAGAGGGUUUUAUGGGGUUUUGGGCGUCGGGAAUGCUUUGAUGGAUGCGUAUGCAAAGUGUGGCAAGGUGUCUACAUCGAGGAAAGUGUUUGAUGAAAUGACUGAAAGAGAUGACUUCUCCUGGAAUUCAAUGAUUGCGGUGUAUGCACAGAAUGGACAUGCGGUAGAGGCUUUGCAACUUUUCACCAAGAUGAUAAAGGAUGGCGACAGUGAUUACAAUGCUGUGACACUUUCGGCCGCCUUGUUAGCCUGUGCGUGUUCUGGGGCUCUACGUGCAGGAAAGUGCAUACAUGAUCAGGUUAUGAAGAUGGAUUUGGAGGACAAUGUGAUUGUUGGCACCUCUAUCAUUGACAUGUACUGCAAAUGUGGGAGAGUUGAAAUGGCAAGGAGGGCAUUUGAUCGCAUGAGGGACAAAAAUGUGCGGACAUGGACCGCCAUGAUUGCUGGAUAUGGAAUGCAUGGCCGUGCCAGAGAAGCUUUAGAAGUUUUCUAUGAGAUGGUUAUAACUGGAGUUAGACCUAACUAUGUGACCUUUGUGUCAGUUUUAGCUGCUUGCAGCCAUGCUGGUCUAGUUGAUGAAGGCUGGCGUUGGUUUAGUUCCAUGCUUCAUGAGUACGAGAUUGAACCUGGGAUUGAGCAUUAUGGUUGCAUUGUCGAUCUUCUUGGGCGCGCUGGAUGUGUCAGUAAAGCCUAUGAGCUAAUCAAGGGAAUGAAGGUGAAACCAGAUUUCGUUAUUUGGGGUUCUUUGCUUGGAGCUUGUAGAACUCACAAUAAUGUCGAGCUUGCGGAAAUUUCAGCUAGGAAGAUAUUUGAAUUAGACCCAGAUAACUGUGGUUACUAUGUAUUGCUUUGUAAUAUUUAUGCUGAUGCUGAAAGAUGGGAAGAUGUGGAGAGGAUGAGAACAAUAAUGAACAGCCGUGGGCUAGUCAAAACACCUGGAUAUAGUUUGGUUGAACUAAAAGGUAGGGUACACAUGUUUUUAGUUGGAGACAAGGGGCACCCUCAGCAUGAGAGGAUAUACGAGUACUUGGAGAAAAUAUAUGUGAAAUUGAAACAAGCUGGUUAUUUACCCAAUAUUACAUCAGUUGUCCACGAUGUCGAGCAUGAAGAGAAAGAAAUCAUGCUUCAAGUUCACAGUGAAAAAUUGGCUGUUGCCUUUGGGAUCAUGAAUUCAACUCCUGGUACAGUGAUUCAAGUCAUUAAGAAUCUCAGAGUUUGUACUGACUGUCAUACAGUAAUCAAAUUGAUCUCCAAGGUUUCUAAUAGGGAAAUUGUGGUAAGAGAUGCAAAAAGAUUUCACCAUUUUAGAAAUGGGCUGUGUUCAUGUGGGGACUACUGGUGAUGGGUGGGAAAUUGAGAGACAAAUGAAGAAUGGGAAACACAAGAUGCUGAGCAACUCAUUUUUCGAUGAGGAUGAUGAAAGGACAUCAGAGAAAAUUAGUCUAGGGCCACAAUCUUGGGUCAUGCAUGGUAUAUAGUAUGUGGAAUCUCGAAAAAAAGAGAGAGUUCUCGAUGCUUGGUAAGGACAGUUACUGCAAGGGCUGCUAUUGAAUGCCACAUUUUUUCCAGAAUCAAGAUGCCAUGACCUGUUUUUGUUUUAGUAUUUUGGUAUGUGAGUCAUAAGCCAAGGUGGCUAUUGCUUCUGAAGUGGAAACUGUCUUUAUUUAAGAGAAGUGAUCUACACAUGCACAGUAAUACGUGCUUACACAA